AUGAAGCCAUUCGCGUGUGAGAAAGGGAAUCGAUGGAAGGUGUACAGUAGAAGCAGCAUGGCGACAAGGAAACACUAUCAGAAGACCGCAAGGGUCGGUGAUGUCAUCGUGCAAGGGGAGCCCGGCACAAGCUUUUACUCUGACCCAUCGAAGGACUAUUAUUUGAGUGGCGACCACGGCUACGACUUCAUUAAUCCCAGCAUGCAGACAGUUUUCUUCGCCAAUGGGUCCCUCGAUCAGAAAAGGAGUGGUCAUGCCUGCUUUUCAAAAUAUCGAGUACCUCAACUUGUUCUUGGAUCUGCUUGGCCUGCCGGAAAAUGUGCCAAACAAUGGAACACUCGGACUGAUGGAUGGAAUUUUGGCGCAUCCACCGUUUCGGAACGCGGAAUUUCGCCUUCCCUUGCUAGUCGAAUUUCUGCCAAAUUAGCAUGUGCUCUCCCGAAACAGACACCUUUUCAAAUAUCGUCGACGUCAGCUCGUUGCAUUCAAAAUUAUUGUGAAAAGACGGUGAUAGUUGAUGCUCCUGUGGCUGUUUCUGAGACAUUGACAAAAGGACUCACUAGCACCAUCAAUUCCUGCCACUUUGUGAACUCCAAAUAUGGUAGCGCCUGCUCUAGACAUGAAGAAGUAAAAGGAAUCACGCUGAAAAGCCUUUCCGCUGAUUCGCAUUCGGAGUUCUCUAAUAUAUGGACCAUCGAAAUUCCAUGGAAGAGCAAAUUUGUUACC